AUGCUCUCUCGUCGUUAUUUACGUCGUAGUCUUCUAACAGUUCUUUUUUCACCUAUCAUUUUAUUAGGUUUAUUUGCAAUCUAUCAAAAUCGUCAUGUGAUAUUUCCAGAGAAUUCAUCAUAUCAUCAUCAUCAUCAUCAUAAUGAAUAUGAUUCUCAUUUUUCACAUAAAUCUAUUCCAAAUAACAAAAUAAGAUAUCAUUUUCUUUCAAAACGUUUAGCAACGAGUAGUAGUUUACCAUCAAAAAUAUUUGUAAAUGAAAAACAACAAGUAAAAAUUUUAUCGAAAACUUCUGAAAUUUCUUCACCAUUGGAUAUACUAAAUAAUAAUCAACAAAUAAAAUUGAUUAAUUCUAUUCAACAAUUUUCACCAUUACAAGAUCCUAAAUUAAUAUUAAAAGUUAUAGAAACAAAAAAUCUUCAACGUUUUGUACAUCUUGAUUUAAAAGGUGCUGCACCAAAAGUAGUUUAUUUUGAAAAAUUAUUUCCAUAUUUAAAACAACUUGGUGCUAAUGGUUUACUUAUGGAAUAUGAAGAUAUGUUUCCAUUUACGGAACAUCUAUCUAUUUUACGACAUGAUCUUGCUUAUACAAAAAAUGAUAUUCAAAACAUAUUACAAUUAGCUGAAGAAAAUAAUUUAACAGUUAUGCCAUUACUUCAAGUUUAUGGACAUUUAGAAUAUGUACUUAAAUUAAAAGAAUUUAUGCAUUUACGAGAAGAUACACGAUAUCCACAAGUUAUAACACCAUGUCUUGAAGAAAGUUAUAAACUAUUAUUUGAAAUGAUUGAUCAAUUAUUAGCACAUCAUCCAUUAAUUCCAUAUCUUCAUAUUGGUUGUGAUGAAGUCUAUUAUCGUUUAAUUCAUCCAAAAUGUGUUGAUCUUCAUUUUCGUGAUGAAGCUGAUUUAUUUAUCAGGUAA